AUGACUGCGAGAGUAACAACAAAUCAGUCGACCGUCAAUGACGGUUCGGGAUUUUUAACAACUGAGUCUGAACAUGAGACUAAUGUUAACAAGAAAAAACGUUUGUCUAGUUCAUCAAAUUCAUUGGCAACAUCCUCAUUAAUUUCACCGACUGGUCUAACAUCAUUGAUCAGUUUUAUUGUCUUAACCUGUGCAUACAUAUCGGGUUUUAUGUCUCGAUUAUUUUCGGUCAUUCGUUUCGAAUCGAUCAUUCAUGAAUUUGAUCCAUGGUUUAAUUAUCGAUCAACGGCUUACAUGACGGAAAAUGGAUUCUACAAUUUUCUUAACUGGUUUGAUGAGUUAGCUUGGUAUCCACUUGGUCGUAUCGUUGGUGGCACUGUCUAUCCAGGUUUAAUGGUCACUAGUGGUGUUAUUCAUUGGUUUCUACAUAUGAUUAAUAUUCCAAUUCAUAUCCGGGAAAUCUGUGUUUUUCUUGCGCCAUUUUUCAGCGGCCUAACAGCCAUCGCCACGUAUCUGUUAACGAAAGAGCUUUGGUCACGUCGUGCUGGCCUCUUCGCAGCCGCAUUUAUUGCUAUUGCACCUGGUUAUUCAUCACGUAGUGUUGCUGGUUCAUAUGAUAACGAAGGUAUCGCUAUCUUUGCUCUUAUGUUUACCUAUUUCCUAUGGAUUCGUUCGGUUAAAACGGGUAGUGUUUUCUGGUCAAGUUGCACAGCUUUAUCAUACUUUUAUAUGGUAUCAGCAUGGGGUGGUUAUGUGUUUAUCAUCAACUUGAUUCCUGUCCAUGUUUUUAUCUUACUUGUCCUUCGUCGUUAUUCACUUCGAUUGUAUGUUUCUUAUUCAACAUUUUACAUUCUCGGUUUGAUUCUUUCGAUGCAAAUUCCAUUCGUUGGUUUUCAACCAGUUCGUACAAGUGAACAUAUGUUAGCUGCUGGUGUUUUUGCUUUGCUUCAAGCAUACGCUUUCAUCGAAUACCUUUAUACUAAAUUACCACGCGCUGGAGACUUGAAACAAUUAUUUUUUGGCUUGAUUAUUGUCGUUGGUUUAAUUGUUUUUGCCGCGGUGGUUAUUUUGACAUAUGCUGGUUACAUUGCACCAUGGUCCGGACGCUUUUAUUCAUUAUGGGAUACGAACUAUGCGAAAAUACACAUUCCUAUCAUUGCUAGUGUUAGUGAACAUCAACCGACAACAUGGACAUCAUUCUUUUUCGAUCUUCAUCUUUUGAUCUGCUUGUUUCCAGUUGGUGCUUGGUUUUGCAUUCGAGAACUAAAUGAUGAACGCGUUUUUAUCGUUCUCUAUGCUGUAUUUGCGUCCUAUUUCGCUGGUGUAAUGAUCCGUUUAAUGCUUACAUUAACACCAUGUGUUUGUGUACUUGCUGCCAUUGCCCUGUCAAAGACGCUCGAUUAUUAUGCCGACACAGAGACAUCGGACAUGAAUUCAAGUCCGGUUGUGUCGACAAGUAGUGAAGACGGAGAUGACAAUGACGACGAUACAACAGAAGCAAACAAUCGAAGUUUAUAUGACAAAGCUGGAAAAUCAAAGUCUACUCCUGCACGACGCGGACCUGCUGGUAGUACUCAGGAUAAUGAUGAAGAUCGUAAUAUUGUAUCAGCAAAUAUCAAAACCAUUGUUGUGAUUUGCAUUGCAAUGAUGUUAAUGUUACUUGCGGUGCAUUGCACAUGGGUAACUUCCAAUGCCUAUUCAUCACCAUCGAUCGUUCUUGCUUCGUAUAAUAACGAUGGUACACGAUAUAUCAUCGAUGAUUUUCGCGAAGCUUAUUACUGGCUACGAAAGAAUACGCCAGAAAAGGCUCGCGUCAUGUCCUGGUGGGAUUAUGGCUACCAGAUUGCUGGUAUGGGCAAUCGAACGGUUUUAGUCGACAACAAUACUUGGAACAAUAGUCAUAUUGCAUUAGUAGGCAAAGCGAUGUCGAGCAAUGAAACUGAAGCAUAUAAAAUCAUGACUAUGCUCGAUGUUGACUAUAUUUUAGUCAUCUUUGGUGGCAUGAUUGGUUAUUCCGGAGAUGAUAUUAAUAAGUUUUUGUGGAUGGUUCGAAUUGCUGAAGGUGAACAUCCCAAGGAUAUUCGUGAACAAGAUUACUUUACUGAAAAUGGUGAAUUUCGUGUUGAUCGGUCAGGUUCACCGGUUCUGCUCAAUUGUUUAAUGUAUAAACUGUGUUACUAUCGUUUUGGAGAAUUACAAACUGAUUUCCGUUCACCACCUGGUUUUGAUCGUACACGUCAUGUGGAGAUUGGUAAUAAAAAUUUCGAUUUACAACAUGUCGAAGAAGCCUAUACAACAGAACAUUGGAUUGUUCGUAUCUACAAAGUAAAGAAACUUGCUAAUCGUUUACAAGCGAAAAACGCACUCCGACAAGUUCAACGACGAAAAUCAAUCUAUUCAUCAACAAAGAAAGCUUCCGGUCAAAGUCGAAAGCCAGGCGUCAUCUUAAAUAAACCCCAGGUGAAGAAAGGAACAAAAGUCUCGAAACCGAAAGCGUAA